AUGCUACGCAUUGAAGGUGACAAUUAUCCCCCACCCCGUCCCCGACAGAUGCUAGCAAGUUUCAUUAGCAUGGCAAAGUUGGCUGUGAUGGCAAUUGUUUUACUUGGUGAAAGACUCCAGAUAUGGGAGACUCUCAAUAUCAAUCCACCACAAGUUUAUAUUUGGGCAACUCAAAAUAAGGUACAUCCAUUGUGUAUGGUUUGAAAUUCAUUCUUAGAAAAGUAGCAAAAUGAGGCAGGAAACACUGUACCCUUUGCAUUUUUUGACACAAGCAGGGUUCGCACAGAGUCUUGAAUUCUUGAAAAAGUCUUGAAAUUUGCCCGGCAAUUUUCUAGACCUGGAAAAAGUCUGGAAAAUGGAGAUUAAGGCUGGAAAAAGUGGUUAAGGUGGCUCGACUGGAUUUUUUGGGGGGGAUACCUCCCACAUUUGAGCUUUAACUACGUCGGCAUGAGUAAAGAUAUGAGAAAAAGGUUACCACAACUGUAUUAUAUAAAGAUGAAAAUUUCUUAUGAUCUGGGUUUUAUUGCAAUCGGAGCAAAUUAUGUCCGAAAACUAUAACAAAAGCAACUGAAUGCAAGUCAAUAAAAUUCUUCUUACUCGCGAUCUCUCAGAGCAAUUCCCCUUUUUUUGUAUGCAGUUUUCAAUGGAAUCAAACCACUAUGGGAUGAAGCUGCGUUUCCAAAGCUUAUCAGUUUCUUAAAAUAUUAGCGAAUUGUUUGGAUAGCAUGCUACUUCACUGUUUUUAUGAUUGUUAAAACUGCAUGUCAAAAUAUUUCGAAAACGCUCUCAUAGAAUUUGUUGAAACUUUGCCAUAAUGGAGGCAAUUAUGGCAGGUACAUACUCUGUUAAGCGAUUUCUUCAAAAAACUCUUGGUACAGAGAAACACAAAGAUGAAUAAAAAGCGUUAUGGCAUCAUUACGUUGCCAUGGCGACUCCGAUUGCAAUAAAACCCAGAUCAUAAGAAAUUUUCAUUUUUAUAUAAUACAGUUGUGGUAACCUUUUCCCCAUAUCUUUACUCAUGUCAACGUACUUAAUGCUCAAACGUGGGAGGUAUUCCCCCAAAAAAAUCCAGUCGAGCCACCUUAAAAGCCUUGACUUUUUUUAGAGCUACAACAACUAAUGUAUAUGUGAAAUUUUUUUUCCUUUUGGUCAAAUCUUAUUCAAUCUCACAUGUACGAUUGCAGCACAUCAUGAACAAAGCUUUGUUUUGUGUUUUUUAAGGUAUCCAAUGAUCACCUAUUUGAUAACUUUGAGUCUGGAAAAGAAAAUAUUAAUUUCUGUUUUCCAAAAAAAUUUUGGAUCCAAAAAUCUGUACAAACCCUGCCCAAGCAAGGAAAAUUGUUGUUAUGUGGCUUGAAUUGGCAAUGAAGGUAGUUAAAAUGGGUUGAAGAAUUUAAUGGACUUGUGUUGCCACACAACAAAAAUAUUCAUGAUCAUUUUUCGUGAAAAUUCACUCAUUUCUUAGUUUUGAAGAAGAAGGACAUUAGUUUCAUCAGUCAUUUUUAUACAUCAGUAGAACUUCCUGUUUCUUACCUUUGUUGCAGAUGUAUGCCUGUAUUUUGAUAUUUUUUACUACAAACAUGAUUGAAGGGCAGCUGAUAUCCACGGGAGCAUUUGAAGUUUCACUAAAUGGUAAGAUCCAGAGACAAUUGAUGGAUGCUUAAAUUAGAAUCUCAGUUUGUUUGUGCAUAGGGUACUGCUAGUAGUAACUUUGGAGAACUGCUAGAUUGCACAAACUUAAUGUUAAGUUUGAAAAUGACGAGACAUGAUAGAAAACAAAAUUGUGUUCACUUGCCCCAGUGGUUUAUAGAACAACUUACUCAUCCAGCUCUGUUUCUUUCCGCCCUCGAAGUGGUAAUGCCGUGUCAAGCACCGUUUGCUAAUUUUUCAAAGUAAUAAUUCAUGACAUGAUAUUGGGCUACAAUAUGCAAGGUAACCUAAACCAAAUAUUUACCCUUAAGCUGAUUUCCUCUUUUAGUGGUCUACUCUGAUCCUUUUUACUCCUUUUUUUUUCAGGUUUGGGGAGGGGGGUACUCCGGGGGGAAGGCGGGUACCAAUGAGGCAUUAUUAAAGGUGGCUAGGGACAUAAGAAGGCUGAGGUUGUUAUUUUGUUUAAUAUUGUUUACAUCAGUAGAGAAGAAAAUAAUACAGUUUAUCCCAUGUAUUUCCAUUUCAGACAUGCCAAUUUGGUCUAAACUACAAUCUGGUCGCCUUCCAAAUCCUAAUGAACUUCACCAGAUCAUUGAAAAUCAGCUGAAGUUUAGUCCCGCGCAUUAA